AAAAUUCUGUUGGACAGUAACUCCACAUUCCUGUCUCUUCAAAAUCUCCCCUCCUCACAUAACUGGCAGUAAUGUUGGGCCGCCGUGUAACACUGGCAGCGAGGGCUGCGCGGUCUCUUUCGACCGUGCGCACUUUUGCGACCGCCGCGCCUGUGAGCUCGACGUCUCCCAGCCAUAAGGUGGUCGUGAUCGGCGGCGGUACAGCAGGCCUAGCCAUCAGCCAUCAGCUUCUGAGAUCGGGCAAGUUUGCCCAGAAUGACAUUGCGGUCAUUGAUCCCGCCCUAUGGCAUCACUAUCAACCCGGCUGGACGCUGGUUGGUGGCGGUCUCAAGACCCGCGAGGAGUUGCGUCAGCCCCUCCACGGCUUGAUCGAUCCCAAGAUCAAGUUCUACAACGAGAGUGUGGGCGCCUUUGCCCCCGAAGAAAACUACAUCACGCUAGCCAACGAGAACAAGGUCAGCUAUGAGCACCUGGUCGUUGCACCGGGCAUCACUGUCGACUUUGGCACCAUCAAAGGAUUGACUGAGGCCCUCGAGGCUCCGGACUCCGGGGUCUCCUCUAUCUACACCUACGACACCUGUGCCAAGGUCUUCCCCACAAUUGAGAAACUGCAAAAGGGUACCGCGAUUUUCUCUCAGCCUGCCGGCGUGAUCAAAUGCGCUGGCGCCCCCCAGAAGAUCAUGUGGCUCGCACUGGAUCACUGGAAGCGCGCUGGAUUGUACGAUCCCAGCAACCCCGCCGGUUCGCCCAUUCACAUCAGCUUUGCCACCGGACUCCCCACCAUGUUCGGCGUGCCAAAGUAUAGCGCCAAACUCGAAGAGCUGCGAAAGGAGCGGGCCGUGGAGGGCCUUUUCCAGCACGAUCUCGUCGCGAUCGAAGGCAACACGGCCACCUUUGCGCGCCCGGAUGGCAAGGAGAAGGUCACUAAGCAGUUCGAUUUUCUGCAUGCCGUCCCCAAGAUGGGACCUCCUGCGUUUGUUAAGAACAGUGCCCUGGCCAACGAAGCCGGUUACGUCAAUGUGGACGAUGCUACCACGCGCCACAAGAAGUAUGCCAAUGUCUGGUCCGCUGGCGAUGCGUCCAGUCUGCCCACAUCCAAGACCACUGCCGCCAUCACUGCCGAAGCGCCUGUUCUGGUUCGUAACUUGCUGCAGUCCAUGGAGGGCAAGGAACUCGAUGCGACCUACGACGGGUAUACCUCGUGCCCGCUCCUCACCGAAUACGGCAAGGUCCUCCUUGCUGAGUUCAAGUACGGCGGAGAGCCCAAGGAAACAUUCGGUAACUGGUUCGGCAUCGACCAGGCCAAUCCCCGUCGCGAAUUCUACUACCUCAAGAAGCACUUCUUCCCUUGGGUAUAUUAUCAAUCCAUGGUGAAGGGCACCUGGGCUGGAACCAAGGGCUGGCUCAACUAGAAAGAAGCAUGUUAUGGUGUACAUUAUUUUCAGUUUUAGAGCGAUAGAAUCAUGAAGAUUUCCUAAAUCAACAACCAUAAUUCUUUUAUCCUAGAGUCUUGACUGGAUGCAUUGCGAUUGUUUUUUAAGGCUCGGGCGAAUCUACCACUGGGCCCAAAACCACCGCCG